AUGCCAGGCAUGACGCUGACAAAACCUCCGGCGAGGGGAAGCUGGAUUAGGAUCGUGAAACGCCAUCUCUCUCCCAGAGUUGUUCAGACCGCACCACUCGAUCAGCCGUGCUGUCAAAACCACAGCACUGGUUCCGGCGGAGAGGAGCGGACGAGCGGUCUCAGACCAGAGACUCUUACCACACGACUCAUGGCAUCCUCACCUUUGACCUGCCUCCGGGACGGAAGAGGCAACCGGGCCGUCGGCGCGAGCCAGUCUGUCGCAGCAGAGGUUCCAAUCAUCAGCCAAUCCAACUUUUCAGCGGUUCCGACACGCAUUCCCCCUUGGUCGGCCGGGCACCCCUUGCUGGAUGCGUUGAACCCGCGACAAUGUCCAGCAGCAGCUAGCAGCGAGGUCCUGAUGCAGGCUCGGGAGCGCUUGCGCGGGCAUCCAUACCUUCAUAGAGGGGUCUGCGGUAGACAUUCCUUGCGGAAAAUGCGUGCCGGUGAACUGGAUCAUUGGAUGGAAGCUGGCCUUCGAGCUGCGAAUUCGGGCCUCAGCUACAGCGUUGUGGUUGAAGUUGAACCUCAGAACCGUUCACAUCUGUCGUGGCAACAACGUUUGCCCCCAGCCGAGGAAGCUGGCUCCAGUCAAGCUCGCGCCACACCGGCCACUAGCCACACUUCGAGGCUGUGGCUGAGUCACAAAGAUGUAGCCAAAGAAGCCUUCAACCCCGCUAGCGAUGAGGUCACUCGGGAAGCCGGACGUCUGAGAUACGAUGACCUUGUAAAACAGGUUGACACCUGGACCCUUCUACACGCCCUCAACGCCCUCAUCAAGCCGGACGUUGUCCCGCCAUGGCUGCGGCAGCCACUCAUGCAGACCCUGACGCUCAUUCCGCUGCGCAACGACGGUGUCCGCGGCACGCUAGAGCUCGUCUUUUCCGUGCAUCCCAGCAACGUGGGCGCGGCCGAUCCGUCCGGCGGACAGGAGCCGCAAAAGCAGGGCGCUGGCAUCACCCACGAGGCCGUCGCGGUCGCCACCAAACUCCUCUCGUCGGUGCCGGUGGGCAUGACGGCAGAAUACUGGUUUUCGGGGAUAUCGGCGCAGGUUUUCGCGCUGAUGGACGGCACGGCUGGGCCGGAUCUCGCGCGCACCGCAGCGCAGAUUGUGGGCUUUGGAAUCCUCGGCAAAAAGGCCUACGGCGCGCCGGGCUCGGCUGGGUGGAACGUUUUCGUGCAGCCGCUUCUUGAGGGUGUUAAUCCAUCGUUGAGGCAGAGGAGUCCUGGCAAGAAGGAGGAGGAAGAUGAGAUCAUUGAUCUCUCGAAACCCAAGGUGCUCGUCGAAGCAGAUGCGCUGCAAGAAGCUCUUCAGCGCUUGCAGGUCUUGGUGCUGUCAAAUCCAUCACCAGGCCUAUGCAAGAGAAUACUUGGGCGUAUUAUUCUGCAAAUAUGGGCUCUUGCUUCCUGGAACAAUCCUAAUGAAGCGGUGCAGAAUUCAGUAUACACCCCCGCAAGGAAGCUGUUGCGGACAUAUUUACAGUUAUUCGGAAACCUCGAAAGCGUGAAGCCCCUCAUUGCGAAUCUCACCUGCAAGGGCUCGUCUACAAUGCCAACAACUUCUACAUCCAUAGCAACGCCAUGGCGCUAUACUAUGACGACCUCUGGAGCGGUGGAAAUCACGGCGCUUCCACCGCCAGAUGCCUCGCAGCCACCUGACCUUGACUGGACCGAUAUUGAAUAUAGAGCGACCACCUUGGCGGAGUACAUUUCGGGCGCUUGCUCGGCAGAGGAUACAUCCUCUAUAUUCUUAUCAUUACUACGGCGCUGGGUGGAAACGGCAGGGAAGCAGUCAAGUAACGCGGACAUCAGCCUCUUCUCUCCCGUCAAGACCGAAUCGGGGAGUCCUAUCGAAGACCUUAUGGAGGUUUCCAUUCUACAGCAGCUGAUGGAAAAGGCGCCAGACAAGCUCAUCAGUCAUUUCGACCAGCUCCUCGAGCUCAUCACCCAAAUCUUUGAAGCGGAUGCAAAAUCUCCGCUCGGAGACGAAGUCAUCAGUGUGGUUUUGAGCUUGGUCAACCUAGCAGUGACAGCACCGACGUUCCAGAAAUCCGACAUCAAUCCAAAAGAACUGCAAGUAGUGGAGCAGUCUCUUGACCGGUUAUCCCAAGAAGACCGAGCUGAUGUUUCCGGAACGGCACGAAAUCUAAGCCUAUUACUCAAGUACCGCGACGAGCUCGACGACGACGACAAGGGUAAGGGACCACCCGACAGCAGGAAAGUGGAAGACCGCAAAACCUACAACCUUGCCAUGGGCUACAUCACCGGCGACAAGGAGAACCCGCCGCCCAUUGUCGCCGAAGGCCUCAAGCUCCUCUCUGGCCUCAUCGUAGCCGAGAGCCCAAUUCUGGACAUCACUGCCGUCUCCGUGCUCCUGUCUAAUCUCCUGGCUGAAAAUGAAGACUACAUCAACCUGCAAGUUGUCAAGAUGUUUACCCAGCUCGCCAACAAGCACCCGAAAACCACCAUGAAGGAGAUUCUAGACCAGUACCUCGACGCCCAGGAAAAGGCCACGACCGACACGCGCCUGCGCUUCGGCGAGGCCCUCGCGCACGUCAUUGAGCGGCUCGGCCAGACCUUCACCGGUGACAUUGCCCAGCAGGCAUGCGAGACGCUCCUGUCCAUUGCCGGGCGCCGCGGCCACCGCCCCAAGACGCUCGCGCGGCAGGCCCGCGAGGAGCGCAUGCGGAAGCUCAAGGAGAGAAAAAAGGCACUCGGUGACGAGGACGCGGACAUGGAGGACGAGGAGGAAGAGGAGGAGCUGACCGAACAAGACCGGGCCGACAACGACAUCCUGGCGCAAAUCGUCCAGGGCUGGGAGAGCAAGCGCGGCAGCGAAGACGUGCGUAUGCGUGCCUCGGCGCUCUCCAUCCUCGGCGCCGCCCUCGAGAGCCACCUGCGCGGCGUCGGGCCCGCGCCGGCGUCGGCCGCCGUCGACCUGUGCCUGCACGUGCUUGCGCUCGAGCCCGAGCCCGAGCGGGCCAUUCUCCGACGGGCUGCCAUCAUUACCAUUCUGAGCUUCCUGCGGGCCCUCGCCGCCGCUCGCGACGAGGGCGGCCCGGCCUCGCUGGGCUUUGGCCUGACGGGCGCCAGCGCGGCUGAUAUUCGGCGCUCGCUCGAGUACGUGGCCGCCACGGACAAUGACGGGCUGGUGAGGGAGCACGCGCGGGACGCUGUCGAGAGUCUCGCCGUGUGGCAGGCGACCAGCGCGCUGCUCCCGACGGCGGCGGGCGACGGCGGCGGCGGCAGCCUGGCGGGGCUGAGGGUGAGCGGUGGGCGGCCGCAUCAAAGGCCAAGGAUAGAGGAGAUUGAGUAA